GUUAGCUUUCUUUCAUCUGCAGUAAUCUUGGUCCCUGGUUAAUUUAACAAGGAAAUGUCUGUCCACCGGGAGUGGAUACACUUCCCCCUUCCCAUUCUAAGGCAAACCUUACAACCAAGCGUCCACUAUCUAGGCCUCCGCAAACACACAUGAGAACUUACAUACCCAAUGACAUCGCAGUCCUUGCCAGUGCUACUGCUGGCUGCUGAGAGCCCACAGACCCCAUGCUGCCGGUGCCCCCAAUCUCAGCAGUGUUGGCUUGAGAGUGUUUCUUGUUAUAGUACUUGGACCUAGAAAUUGAUGAGUGAGAUGAAAGUUUAUGCUUUCGGUAGUUACAUGGACAUAGAUGCUAUUAUCAUUGAAUAGUAUUCCUUAUUCUUCAUCAUAAUCAGACAAUUUUUUUCAAUUCAUGUUUGAAGUUUCAGAGCAUCUUUAGUAUUGAGAGCACAAGGUCUUAUAAGAGCUUGCCCAACCCUGUAAUCAUUGAAAAAAACUUGCGAGAGCUCAGUGAAGAACCCUAACAUUGGAACAGUGGGGGAAAAAGGUAACAAACAGUUUGUAAAAUGGGGACAGGAGCAAUUUGUCCCCUCACUUACGGAGGCCCCCCCAAACAAUGAAGGUAAUGGUGGUGAGCUCAUCGGUUAGCGUCAAACUCGCCCAAGGUCUGUUUGCAAAGAAAGACAGGUUUAUCUGGUGUGAUUUGUAAAUAAGCAUUAGGAGAGGUGUUGUACACAAUACUGAUAUAAUAUGUAAAAUGCAAAAGAAAUCUUCUGGUUAUCAUACCUUAUACGUCUCACUUGGCAGCUGUUUUUAUCUAGAACUUUAUUAAACUAUACCUCACAUCCAUAUUUCUCAUUAGACGUUAAGAAAUUAGAGCAAUAUAAAUCAUGGGCGUAGUUGAUUGGCAUUUUGUUCAUUGUUUUCCCAUAUAUAGGUGUUUCAAAUGCCAUGCAUUAGUAAACCAUGCAUUGAUCUAAUAAUUUCUAAAUCAUAAAACCUAUGCAUGCAGAACUUCGAGACCUAAAGCUGCAGACUGGUUACUUCAGUUUAAAACAGAUCAAAGCUGCCACCAAUAACUUUGAUCGUGCAAAUAAGAUAGGUGAAGGUGGCUUUGGUCCAGUUUACAAGGGUGUGGUGCCUGAUGGUUCUGUAAUUGCAGUUAAGCAGCUUUCUUCCAAGUCUAAACAAGGGAACCGUGAAUUUCUUAAUGAAAUAGCCGUGAUAUCAGCCGUGCAACACCCAAAUCUUGUGAAGCUUUAUGGUUGUUGUAUUGAAGGAAAUCAAUUACUGCUAAUAUAUGAAUAUAUGGAAAAUAAUAGUCUAGCCCGUGCUCUAUUUGGUCCUGAAGAAUACCAACUGAAAUUGAACUGGAAAACAAGGCGUAAGAUUUGCCUAGAGGUAGCAAGAGGUUUGACAUAUCUCCAUGAAGAGUCGAGGUUGAAGAUUGUUCACCGAGACAUCAAGGCGACAAAUAUUCUGCUUGACAAAGAUCUCAAUGCAAAAAUAUCUGACUUUGGUUUGGCAAGAUUGGAUGAAGAAGAGAAUACCCACAUCAGCACCCGAAUAGCUGGUACAUUAGGAUAUAUGGCUCCUGAAUAUGCAACAAGGGGUUACUUGACAGACAAAGCAGAUGUUUACAGCUUUGGAGUUGUCAUAUUAGAGAUUGUUAGCGGAAUGAGCAACACAAGUUUUAGGCCCAGGGAGGACUUUGUUUUUCUUCUUGAUUGGGUAAGUGUUAUUGGAUCUCAUAUUUUUGUUCAGGAACUUUUGUUGACAUGAUCAUUGUUAGGUGAAGGACAAGAUCUUACUUUUAUAUGCUAACAAAAAUGUGAAUGUAUAACCUUGAGUUCAUUUUUUUCAUCCUCAGAAAACAAAAAACUAUGAGUUGAUUUUCAU